AUGAAUGCAGAAGAACACGUGCAACGUGUGUCUAUUCAUGUUGGAGUACGGACCAGGAAGAAGUUUAGCGAUGCGGAUUCCUUCACAAAGUGCAUCCAAGACGCUGCAAGGGAAACGCUUCCGGUUCUAUUGCCGCGGAAGAAGUUUGCCUUUGCAUCUGCGCAAACAAAAUCCACAUACAAUUCUGUAUGUGUCGCGCGCAGCGCUGGUGACUUCAACCAGGAAAAGCGUCUUAGAAGGAAGCUGCGUCGUCAACAGCAACAAGACCGCGAUAACGACUGGACGUCAAGAGCGAUGGAGUUUGAGAAGGCGUGGGAGGACAGGAACCCGCGGAAAGCCUAUGCUCUACUAAAACAGUAUAGCGGCAAAAUGAAAAGAUGUUCCCAUGUCUUCAGCACUGCUAAUGGGGUAGCUGUCGGUGAAGCAACCCUUCCAAUUUGGAAGGAACACUUCAAGACCUUGCUGAACCGGCUAGCACCGUCAGCCCCUGAACUCGAACACGUUCAUAGACCGACAUGUGCGGCUAACGAGGAGCCACCGACCGAGUCGGAGGUCCUGGUCUGUAUUCAAAAAAUGAAGAAUGGAAAAUCUGGUGGAGACGACGGGAUUAGCGCAGAAAUGCUAAGAUAUCUUUCUCCGUCUGGGAUUCGUGAAAUGACAAAGAUCAUCCGUUCAAUAUGGAUAAGCGAAAGGAUACCUGAUUCGUGGAGACACGCUAUCAUAAUUCCAAUCCACAAGAAGUUAUCCGUCACGGACCCAAGGAAUUAUCGAGGAAUCUCUUUGCUGCGUGUUAUGUACAAGGUACUGGAGCGCAUUAUCUUGGACCGACUCAUUAAACAUCGCGAAGAAACAACGCGCGACGAGCAAGCUGGCUUUUGUCCUGGCCGAUCUACGAUUGACCAGCUUCAUCGUCAGCAGACCGCGUUCGACUCUCCUCACCGAGGCCGUCCUCUGAACGCGCUUCGCGCCGAUGGAGUACCAGGAAAGUUCGUUCGCUUGCUUGAUGACAUGAAUCAACGAACAACUGCUGCAGUUCGAGCACCAGCCGGAUGUACAACACCGUUUGAAGUGGUAACUGGAGUAAGACAAGGGGCAGUGGCAGGACCUUUCCUGUUCAAUUUCGCAAUCGACGACAUUAUGCGAAGAACAGUGGAUCAGUGUCCUGCCGAAAUUGUCUUAGCACCAUCUGGGUGCCCCUUGACUGACCUCGAGUACGCCGACGAUGUUGUUGUAUUCGCGGAAAGCAGUACGAAACUUCAGCAUGUUGUCAACCUUGUAUCGAAGCUGGCUGCAGCCUAUGGACCACGCCUACGCCCUGAUAAAUGCAAGCAGAUGUGGAUCUCUUCGAGACCACGAACGGGAAUCAGGGUGGAAGGACAACCGAUAGAACUCGUCGAUGAGUUCUGUUACCUAGGCUGUACGCUGAAGAACAAUGGCAGCUACGAGAGAGAUGUUCAGCAAAGAUGCGCUAAGGCCACUUCUGCAUUUAACUCCUUAACGAAAUGCCUGUGGUUGACCCCCAUCACCAACGAAGUCAAGCUGCGAGUCUACCUAUCCGCAAUUCGCCCCAUCAUGGAGUACGGAUCGGAGACUUGGGCAGCACCAUCAACGGUUAUGGAGAGGCUUGACUGCACGGAACGAAAGCUGCUUAGACGGCUACUUGGCUACUUUUGGCCUAGGGUAUGUCACAAUGAAGAUCUUUACGCAGAAAUUGAUGUGGUAUACCGGCGGAUGACACGUGGAAAACAUCAACAUCUUGUACCGCCAUCGAAAGUGGCUAAAGUAAAUCGUCUUCGCUUCUUUGGUCAUAUAUUAAGGAGACUGGCAGAUCGCCUUGUUCAACGAGUUUUGAGGGGUUCGUCGGGUUCGAGCUGGAAGAAGCCACCUGGCCGAAAACGGAAGUUCUGGACUGAGGCGGUGAAAGAGGACCUGAGGACACUCGGCGUGAAGAGGCAGUUCAGGCGAGACAAGAUCGAGAAGGUUGGGCAGAGCUGUGUUCAAGGACGGCACACCUCGGCGAAGAUGCGGGUAAUCGCGUCAGGCGAUGACAUCAGCCCACCGAUUAAGUCAAGUUAA